GUCAAUUAUUCAAAUCAUUCGCUUGGUUACAUUAGAAGAAUUUUGUGUGAAUUUUCAUUCACUGCGGUCAUUACGGUAUUUUUCAAUUUAAAAUAGAAAACUAAUUUCUCUCUGAUAAUACGGAUUACGUUUUGAACUGAAAAAAAAACUUAAAAGAAUAUAAAUUGAAAUAAAUAAUAAAAAUCUUUCUAACAAUUAUUUCAGAGUGAAUUAAAAGCAAACAGAUAAUAAUAAAAAUAAAAAUUUAUAGAAAAUCAAUCGAUCAAAAUGGUGAUUGAUAUUAAAAUGUGUCGUUUUGAAAAUGUCCCUUGGGGCUUUCGCUUGGUCGGUGGUUCGGAUUUUGAAUUUCCAUUAACGGUGGUUAAGGUCACUGAAGGCAGCAUUGCCGAAAGUGCCGGCUUAAUGGUAGGCGAUGUAAUUGUACGCAUUAAUGACACCGCGGCCUCUCCACUAACCCACGAUGAAACUAAUAAAAUUAUCAAAGGUUGUGGUAAUGUAUUUUUCUUUGGUGUACAAAGAGAAAAUGAAGAAGAAUAUACGACUCCUAAGGCUUUUCCUGUUGCGGAACGUGUAAGUUCACCCAAAUCAUUUCUGGAAGCCAGGGCUGGUAGUGUAACACCACCUGUUAUUGUUGAUACACCAAACGAGGAGAAAGUUAAGGUAUGUGAAGUGGACUAUAUGGCUGAUUUGGAAGAGAGGCCCUGUUCGGUGCUGUCCGAAGAAACGGAAAGAAAAUUGGUGGAAGAAGAAAUUGCAGCUGUGUUAUCUGGAGAAUCGGAAGUUCUGCAGGAACACAAUACCAUGGGAGUUAAUUUCUAUAGAAUUUUUCCUAAACCUGGUGUUUGCAUGAGCAGUGAUGUCUUGCGUACUCUCAACGAGGAGGCCACUAAAACUAAAGCCGAAAAGGACAAGGAGAAUCGUAAAUGGACCACAUUUUUACAGAAACCGGAUCGUCCUAUACCCAAAAGUAAGCAGCAAAUAGAGGCAGAAAGACGUGCGGCCAAUGCUUAUAAAGUUAAAAUUGUCAGGGGUUCAACUAUAUCGCGCUCGGUAUCACCAGCACCACCACCCAAACCAGUGGAAGAGGUAAAACCACCCAAAGAGCCUACACCACCACCAGUAGUAGAGCCUGAACCAGAACCUGAACCAGAGCCAGAAGCUCCAACACCUGUUGAUACUGAAGUACCCAAUUUAGAGGAAACAAGUACUAAUAACAACGAAAAGCCCCAACAACUAGAAGAAGAAGCCGAAAAAACAGAUAAAGAAAAGGAAACUAUACCAGAAGCAAAAGAAAUCGAAGAAACUGAUAAAGCCACCAACGAAGAAGAAACCUCCGAAUCAACCCCAGCUAAUGCAAACGAAGAAAAAGAGGAAACCAAAUCUGAAGCUGUAAUUGAAAAAACUGAAGAAGAAUUAGCCUUGGAGCGACAAUUAGCUGAUGUGCAAAAACAAUUAGCUGCUUUAUCUAGUUUACCCAGUACCAUACAAUCGACAUUGGAUGCAGUUACCAAACAAUUAGCCGAUAUAUUGCCAACAUUUAAAUUACAACAGGAACAACCACGCAAACUCUCUGGUAGUGUAGCACGUGAAAUAAGUUUGGAAAAAAUCUCUGAAAAUGCAGAGAAUGAAGACCCUGGAAAUGAUGAAAAUAAGGAUAUUAAAGAAAAUGACAACGUAGCUGAAAAAUGUCAUGAAUCAGUUGAUAAUGUAAGCAGCAGCAUUGGCAACCAAGAUCCAGAGCAAAAACAGGAUAAUAAAGCUAACGAACAAAUUGCGAAUGACACUAAUGAAGCGCGUGAUACAAUUGACAAGAAUCCAAUUAAGCAACAGGAAGCUGCUACCAAAUACAACACAAGAAGCAGCAAUGAGGAAACCCUUCAAAUGGAGGAAGAGCAAAAAUUAAAAAAACAAAAGAAAUACGAUGUCAUUGAGGAGCUUGAAGAGCAUUUGGAGCGUAAAAGCAAUCCAAAACGUUCGAAACGUGCUUUUGGUCCGUUAACACCAGCAUCGGAUCGUCCUUUAGUAUUACCCGGUGGUCGUCGUUGGUAUCGUCCUAAGGAUGCUUAUAAUGAUGAAUUCAUAGCGGAAACAUUAAGUGCACAAGCUGAGCUUAUUACCGGCACUACUUUAGGAUUGAACUUUGGAAUCGCUUAUUUACUGGUGAAAAUAUUUCCCGUUCAGUUUUUCGAAAACUUAAGUAAGAUACAAACGAUAUCUGUGCUCAUUAGCCAUAAUAGCCUAUGUUGAAAAUCGCGCUUUAAAGAUAUAUCAUUUUGUAAAACUAUACUUCUUCAGAGAAAUAAAGUAACAUGUAGAAUAACAAUUCGCUCUAACUUAAGUCGACUUAGGCUAUUAUCACUUGCGACCUGAGAAGACCUUAAGAAAAGUAAAAAUAAAGAAUACAACAAGUGAAAAGAAGAAAAAAACAACAUUUAACGCUUGAUUUAAUACAAAUAUAUGUGAUAUGGCAUACUUUUGCAUUUCUCUCAGCCGUAAAGUUCAUUAAAAUAUAUGUAAUAUCUGACAAAAAUAAAAGUUUAAGAUUAAUAUUUUACAAAGGUGUGUUAAUGUGUGCGUUCACAAGGGGUAAAUGGGUCAAGAACGAAUUAUGUAGUUGAAAAAAAUGUAAAUACAACUUGAAGAGCUAAGUAAAAGAAACACCAUUAAGUUCUUCCUUUUUUUCUUUAACAAAAUUAAAACGUUUAUAAAAUAAAAAUUUGAUUAUGCAUAAGGUUAUUGUAGCUUAAUAUCCUCACUUGUUCAUGGUUCAUGUACCAUAUAAUCACCCGUAUCAUUUAACUAUUUCUUUCAUCAUAUUUAUUUAAGUAUGCAGGUGAUGAUCUUUAAUAGAACAUUCCUUUCACCGGAAUUUGAAAUCAAUGACUGCCCCAGUUUAUAG